AUGGCCGAACAGCAUAAGCCACCAUAUAAAUCGUCUUACCGUAAUAUGCAAUCAAAAAAGACAGAAGAACGUGACAACGUCGCUGUAGUAGUUGCUAUUGAUUUUGGGACGACGUUCAGUGGAUUUGCGUACGCGCAUGUUACGGAAAAAGACCUCUCCAAAGUCACUACGAAUGAUGCUUG